AUGGCCCUGACCUGUGGAGUCCCACAGGGGUCGAUCCUGGGACCUCUUCUGUUCAAUCUUUACAUGCUGCCGUUAGGUCUGUCCAAACAGGCUGUAAAACAGCUGCAGUACAUUCAAAAUGCAGCAGCUCGAGUCCUGACUAGAACCAGGAAGUACGACCACAUUAGUCCAGUUCUCAGGUCUGCAGUCAUGCUCUUCCUCACCUUUGUGGUUCUGUUGGUGGCCUCCUCUUCAUGGGCAGAAGAGAUGAGUCGUACUGGGGACACGACUCGAGAGCUGUCAGUGGGAGAACUGCUGGAGCGAGCGAACAGAGAGAGAGUCCCAGAGCCAGAUGAGCCGGAGCUGGUUGGGGACAUUGCAGUGAGCUCUGACCGCAACGCUGACCCCUGCACCUCCAGAGGCUGUCUGUGGCUCAAGUACAGUGACGGAAAGGUCUACAUCCCCUACUACAUCGCCAACCACUACUCCGACAGAGAGAGGUCCAUAAUCCAGCGUGGUCUUGAAUCCUUCGCUGCUGUUUCCUGCAUUUACUUCAGACCGUAUCAGAGCGGAGACCACGAGUGGAUCAGCAUCGAGUCCAGGAGCGGUUGUUACUCGUACGUGGGGCGGCAGGGCGGCGCUCAGACCGUGUCGAUCGAUCGUCAGGGUUGUGUGUAUCACAGCACGGUGCAACACGAGCUUCUGCACGCGCUCGGAUUCAACCACGAACAAACCAGAUCUGACAGAGACGCACACAUCAGAGUGCACUGGGACAACAUCAUGGACGGGAUGGAUUAUAAUUUUUACAUCGUUGAUACUUUGAACCAAGGAACUCCGUACGACUACAACUCUGUGAUGCAGUACGAGAGGUGA